GUACACCACUAUCGAUCUUUCAAACAACAAAUUUGAAGGACAUAUUCCAACUAUUAUGGGAGAUCUCAUUGCACUCCGUGUGCUAAAUAUAUCUCAUAAUGGAUUGGAAGGUCCUAUACCGUCAUCACUUGGAAGUUUAUCUUUGGUUGAAUCACUGGACUUGUCAAGUAACCAUCUCGUAGGAGAGAUACCAGCACAAUUUGCUUCUCUUACAUCUCUUGAAGUCUUCAAUCUUUCCUACAAUCAUCUCGAAGGGUGCAUUCCUCAAGGAAAUCAAUUGCAUACCUUUGAGAACAAUUCAUAUGAAGGCAAUGAUGGAUUACGUGGUUUUCCUGUUUCAAAAAGUUGUGGGACAACUUAUGCUGUAUCUGGACAGCUAGACGGUGAAGAAAGCAAUUCUGAAUUUCUGAGUGAUUUUCGGAAAGCUACUCUUAUGGGGUAUGGAAGUGGAUUAUGUAUUGGAAUAUCCAUAGUAUAUUUCAUGAUGUCAACUGGAAAACCGAUAUGGUUUGCAAGCAUCAUUGUAGAGCUGGAGCACAAAAUAAUGAUGAGAAGGAGAAAGAAGCAGCGAAGGCAAAGGAAUUGCAGAAGAAGAAAUAAUCACUAAUUAUAUAUAUUACUAUUAUUUCUUUAAUGAAAAGAUGUAAUAAGUUGUAGACAUACUAUCGUUAAAUCCUGUUUGCUUAAAGUGUGUAGCAUCAUUUGACCAUGAAAAUUGAGGGUGAGAUAAUCUUUAAUGAUAAGUUAUAUGCAAUAUAAAAUCUUAUGAACCAUCCACAAUUAGUUCA